GACUCAUUGCAAGCCACACAAUUGCACUGAAAGGACAACUCCCUCAUUCGCUAAACAACAUGAAAGUUACUCUGAUCCUCACAUUCCUGGCCUCCCUGGCACUCUCGCUGGCCCUGCCCCAAGUGGGACAUGGCAGCAUCAAUGGACCCAGUGGUCGCUUUGCCAUGACCCGAGGCUGGGCCCAGCCGCCAGUGGACCUGCAGAAGCCCGUCAUUUUUCUGCCCGAAGCUACGCCCGUUCACGAAGAGCCCCAGGAAUCGCGCUCCGUGCAGACUCAACAACUCCUCAGAGCCUAACUUACCGAGUUCCUAUAGCCCAUGAUUACUAGCAUUAAUAAAUUGAUAAAUAUGAAAUGGUACACACAA